UUGGGAAUGUCAGCCCAGCUAUGAGACCCGAAGUGUCAGCGGCAGCAGAGCUGCACGUGGGUACAUCGCCGAACUGCGGAGAGAUUAGCUGCAGUUAGCUCUCAUCUAUCGCUGGCCUCGUGAUUUGCUAUUCUUGAUCAUGCCAGCCUCAACAGGAUCCUGGAUGUAAAGUACUCGCUUGACACUUUGGUGAUGGGCUGCUGUCUGCAUUUCCAGCGGUGGACAAAAGAGAGCCUGGUGCUCUAGCAGAAUUCAUCCUGGCCAUUCUACCCAUGAUGGGUGCUUCUAUGUUAUGAACAAGAGUUCUUAACAAGCUGGACUCUCCAACAGCUGGACUCUCACACGAUUUCCACCAGCUUUUUCAAAGGUGUCAGCAAUUGUACCACACCAACAAUGAAGUUUACUGUGGCAGAUUACGCUAUUUUUGUGCUGCUGUUAGUCUUCUCUCUAGGGAUAGGACUCUUCUAUGCACUGAGUGGUGGGAAGCAGCGCACUGUCCAAGAAUUUCUACUGGCCAAUCGUAGCAUGACCUUCUUACCUCUGGCUUUUUCAUUACUUGCCACUUUCCAGUCAGCUGUGGCCAUUCUUGGCGUCCCCGCUGAAAUCUAUCGCUUUGGGACUGAAUACUGGUUCCUUGGUUGCUCCUAUUUUCUGGGGCUUCUUAUCCCAGCUCAUAUCUUCAUCCCAAUCUUCUAUCGUCUGCGACUUACCAGUACAUACGAGUAUCUGGAGCUGCGUUUCAACAAGGUGGUGAGACUAUGUGGAACUGCUACCUUCAUCUUCCAGAUGGUGAUAUACAUGGGAGUGGUCCUCUAUGCCCCAGCCUUGGCUCUCAAUGCAGUGACCAAUUUUGACAUCUGGGCUUCAGUGCUGACCAUAGGCUUAGUCUGCACCCUCUAUACUGCACUGGGUGGACUCAAAGCUGUGAUCUGGACAGACGUGUUCCAGACAUUUGUCAUGUUUGCAGGACAGGUGGCUGUGAUUGUAGUGGGCACUCUUAAGGUUGGCGGCAUAGGUCGUGUUUGGAAGCUGGCUGCUGACAAAGGCAUGAUAUCAGGCAUUGAUCUGAAUCCUGACCCUUUUGAACGACACACCUUUUGGACUCUAGCUUUUGGGGGCGUAUUCAUGAUGUUGGCUCUCUACGGGGUGAACCAGGCUCAAGUCCAGCGGUAUCUAAGCUCCCGUUCAGAGCGCCAGGCUGUGUUGUCCUGCUAUGCAGUGUUCCCCUGCCAGCAAAUUGUGCUCUGCCUCAGCUGCCUCACUGGCUUAGUCAUGUUUGCCUACUACCAAGACCAUCAGUUGACACAGGAGCAGCUCAACGGUUCAUCUGAUCAGAUGGUCCUCUUCUUUGUGAUGGAUGUGCUUCAAGAUGUGCCUGGCUUGCCUGGCCUCUUUGUAGCUUGUCUCUUCAGUGGCUCCCUAAGCACCAUCUCUUCAGCCUUCAAUUCACUGGCAACAGUGACCAUGGAAGACCUGAUUCGCCCAUAUGUGACCAACAUUCCUGAGAGACGUGCCACACUCUACUCCAAAUUGUUAGCUCUGGGCUAUGGUCUUCUCUGCCUGGGCAUGGCUUAUAUCUCCUCCAUGAUGGGUCCAGUGCUACAGGCUGCCAUCAGCAUCUUUGGCAUGGUGGGAGGACCACUGCUGGGACUAUUCUGCCUGGGCAUGUUCUUUCCUUGUGCCAACUCUGUGGGUGCUGUAGUUGGAUUAAUUGCUGGGCUGGCCAUGGCAUUUUGGGUGGGCAUUGGGAGCAUGGUAAUCAACUACCAGUCUGUGUCUCCUGAUCCUACUGUUUUAGCAACUGAUGGGAAUCUGACUACUGCGGUCAUGACAACAUUGUUGAACUCAACAACAGCUCCAGAAAGGCUGACAGGAUUGCGGAAGUUUUAUAAUUUAUCCUACAUGUGGUACAGCGCACACAACUCUACCACAGUUAUUGUGGUAGGACUGCUAGUCAGUCUUCUCACUGGCCCAACACGUGGGAAGGAUGUAAAUCCCAAAACAAUUUUUCUAGUGCUGCCACGAUUAUUUUGCUGUUUGCCUGCAAAGUACCAUGAAAUGCUCCGUUGUGGAGUACGUGACCCUGCGGAGGAUGCUAGUUGCUCAGAGCCAACCUCUUCGGGAGCGGAGAAAAUCAACAAUGGUAUGGCAAACGGACUGUCAAAAGGACUGCCUUCCGGAGUCAAUACAGAAGAAGUUGAAGCGUCUGAAGGAUUUUCCCGGGUAGAUGGAACUCAUACUUAUGUAUUGCAGGAGACUACCCUGUGAACUGUAUGGAACAAAGAGACUUAGUAGGGAGGCACAGCAGGGAUCUGUUCUGAUCAAGGUGAGGAAUCCCAGAAUUCCUGGUACUAAAUACAUUCCAACUCCUUGUCAUCUUGGCAUGUCAUCUACUGAAUCCUGGGUUCUCUAUAGCAGUGUUUUUCAACCUUUUUUGUGCAAAGGCACACUUUUUUCAUGAAAAAAAUCACGAGGCACACCA